CAAUUCCAAGCCUUGAUGCCGAGAGCCAAGCAGGUGGUGACACUGUGGUACCGAGCUCCAGAAGUGCUGCUGCAGUCCAGCUACGCCACCCCGGUGGACCUGUGGAGCGUGGGCUGCAUCUUUGCUGAGAUGUUCAGGAGAAGACCUCUGUUCCGCGGCAACUCAGAUGUUGAUCAGCUGGGUAAAAUCUUUGAUGUGGUCGGGGUCCCGUCGGCAGAGGACUGGCCCCAGGAGGUGGCCCUACCACAGAGUGCCUUCUCCCCGCGACCCGCCAAGCCCAUAGAAGACCUGGUGCCCGACAUCGACCAGCAAGGGCGGGGCCUCCUCUUGCAAUUCCUGGCCUUCAACCCCUCCAGGAGGACUUCUGCCUUGGCCGCACUCAGCCACGCUUACUUCCAGAGCGUGGACAGCCAGAGUCGCAGUGUGUACGCCGCACAGACCAUCCCCGCCAACAAAGCUGCUAUUGAGGAGAGGACUGCCUGAGAGUCCUCCUUGGCCCCCCCAUUUAAAAACAAAAAAACGCACUUUGAUCUUAAUCAUGCCAAACUGUUAAAAAAAAAAACCAGCUCUCUCCAUUUUUGCUGCGAGCACAUCAAAAAAGAAAGAAAGACUGCUAAGGUGGGUGGAAUGGAAGUAAAAACACACAAAAUGAUGCAAGCUUCCCCCCCGUCUUUGUUUUUUGGGACUAAACAUGAAAGAGGGGAUGGCGGGUAUACUUGGUCAACGAGAGAGGCAGCGCUAGGAAUGAGUAACACCCCCCCCCCCCCCCGAGGGAAUGCACGGGAAAAGUCUCCUCCUUCCAUGCAGUGAUGGAUGGAACAUUGCUGCUGGAUGGACUACACGGUCAAUGCAAAGAGCGGCACUAGUCAGUGAGCAGACUGGAACCUUGGAGUGGUGUGCACUGAUGCUCCUGACCACACAGGAAAAAGAAAUGACCCGCCAUUCUCUCACUGCCCCCCACAGGUCACGCUCAGCAACUGCAGACCAGUAGUGGGAUUCUAAUGGGGUUUUGUUUUUUUUGCAACUUUGGUUUUAGCAGAGCAGGACCAUUUUCGCGCCAGUUAUAAAUCCUGAAUCAUUUCCUGAAAAAAGCACGGCUUGUUUAGCGCUGUUCACUACCGAUAUUCUGCCUUUUUAAUUUUAUCGACAUGUCUUAUGUGCAUUUUUUUUUUUUUUUGCAUGAUGUUCUUUUACGCUGGAAGAUUCCAGAACCUGUGUGAAAGGGGGGGGGGGGCGACUUCUGCUUACCUGCCGAUUUGAUACAAGUCCGACUCCCCAGGGGGUGGGUGACUAUUCGAUGCAGAUUCAGUUGUGGAUUCAACACGGUUGCAUGGACGGCCUUGAAAAACAUGCUUUUUUAUUUGUGAAAAAAUAGAUUUGGGAUGGGCCCUGCGAUGAGGUGGCGACUUGUCCAGGGUGUACCCCGCCUUCCGCCCGAUUGUAGCUGAGAUAGGCGCCAGCGCCCCCGAAAGGGAAUAAGCGGUAGAAAAUGGAUGGAUGGAUGGAUAGAUUUGGGAUGGAGAUGGAUGUGAAUGGAGGAUUUUGUGCAGCCCUACUGUGUCAGCAAGUGAGGAUGCAAGAGUAGAAGACUCUAGGUGUAUCUUAGUGAUGCUCCAAGGAACCUCGUAUGGCGACUUUGGGCUUUUUGCGGCUGUUUGAUGAAUUUACUAGUGGCUAUAUCCUUUUUUUUUUUAAUGCACAAAAAAAAUCUUACUUUUUUUCUCUAUUUUACAGGCAAUUUUAUUUUUUUCUACACCAGCAAGUAAGAAUAGAGAUGUAUUUUUCUAUGUUUUUUUUUUCCUCCACAAGAACAGUAACCUACUUUAACACUGGUUGACUUUUUCUUACCUGGUCGUGCUGCUCGCACACACACACACUUACAGUAUACACACACUUUCUCAGGUUUUCCGCAGGGAUGUCGGAACCUUUCGCUGCAGUUUGCACGUCCUCCGGCUACGAACUGACCACACCACAACUCCUCCAGGUUCCUCCUUUUUUUUCAAGCUGUUCAAUGAUCCCGCCAUUGAUCCUGUUCUACUGUUUUGGUUCCUUUGUUACUGUAGUCAUUACUGUCUGAACACACCUGCCUGCAUCAUUGGUUUUGCCAGCAAAGUGCAUGCAGAGAUGGGAAAUGACUCAAAUGGGGUGUGGGUGAAAAUGCAAUGAGUAAUUUAGGUAUAGACGUUUACACUUUUAGCUUUUAGUUCUUUUUUAAACUCGAUAAACAAUCACUGUAUAUUUUUGUAUAGCCAGUAACAGUAUCACCUUUUUUUCCAAUGUUUGUACAACUGAAGUCCACGGUUAAGCUCUUUCAAGGUUUCUCUUUGAAACUAACCGAGCUUGGUCCUUCCCGUAACUCAGAUCCCACACAAACACCUUCCUUUGUCGCCUUUUUUUGAAGCACAGCAGAUUGGGACAAGGAGAAAAACAAAUAAACAAUCAUGGUAUUAUAAUUGUAUGAAUGCAAAAGUUGGUGUCUUAUUAUUAUGUAACACCAGUUGAAUAAAAAGCCGCUUUUUUUUUUUUA